AACAGUCGUCUGCGACCUGGUUAGGUGUUAACUCCGUUUCUGAUGCGUAGCUUAUUACCAACAAAGUUAAUGUCUCAGGGUAACUUAAACUGACGAUCUAAGAUACUAUUUUAGACAGUUGCAUGUCCUGAAAUUAAUAGCAAGUUCACCCCAUAUGACAGUUUACUAACUCUUCAUAACAUAAUUCCGUGCGUGCUGUAAAUAUUCCAACGAGAGAAUAUUUAGGAGAAUGUUGUUUCAUCAGUGUUUGCAUGGUAUUCAUCCCACACAAGGUCGGUAACGUAAAUCUCAUGGUAAAUCCAGAGACGUGAAAAGUAUCCUACAGAUUAUUUUGCUUUUGGAAUAUUUUUUGCCACAUUGAAAUUCGCGAUGGACCUUUUAGGAUUGUACCUGUUUCAGCUCGUCUUUGUUGCCCUGCAGGAGGCACUGUCUGCGGGGAGGGACUGCCUGCUGGCAGGGGAUUCCUGCUCCAGCGACGAGACGUGCAGCCCGCGUCUGCGCACGCUACGCCAGUGCGUGGCUGGCAACGGCAGCAUGAAGCUGGGCCCCGGCGCCCGCAGCCAGUGUGCCAACGCCGUGUCGGCGCUGCUCUCGAGCCCGCUGCACGGCUGCCAGUGCCGACGGGGCAUGAAGAAGGAGAAGAACUGCCUGAGCAUCUACUGGAGUCUCCAUCAGUCGGGCAUUCACGGACUCAACCUGGUGGAGAGCUAUCCCUACGAGGCCGUGCAGAAGGGUUAUGACUAUGUGCGCCUGGCGUCCAUCACUGCAGAUUCGGAGGUGGGCAUCGUGACGGUGAACCGUUGCCUGGACGCGGCCAAGGCGUGCAACGUGGACGACGAGUGCCAGCGCCUGCGCACCGAGUACGUGACGGCCUGCCUCAAGCCGUCGUCGCGCUCGGGCCUCUGCAACAAGCCCAAGUGCCACAAGGCGCUGCGGCGCUUCUUCGACCGCGUGCCCGUCGAGUACACGCACCGCCUGCUCUUCUGCCCAUGCAGCAGCCAGGCGUGCGCCGAGCGCCGCCGCCAGACCGUCGUGCCCCAGUGCUCCUACGAGGGCGGGGACAAGCCCAGCUGCCUGGCACAGCUGAGGGCCUGCAACGCCGAUUACGUCUGCAGGUCUCGCGUGGCCCAGUUCCAGUACGACUGCCAGCCGGACGAGCAGUCCGCCAGCGGCUGCAAGCAGGGGAGUCACCGGGACUGUCUCAUGGCCUACACCGGACUGAUCGGGAGCCCGAUGACGCCCAACUACGUGGACAACUCCUCGUCCAGCGUGGCCCCGUGGUGCACCUGUGCGUCCAGCGGAAACCAGAAGGAGGAGUGUGCCCACUUCCUGGGCUUUUUCACCGACAACAUCUGCCUGAGUAAUGCUCUUCUCACUUUCGAGAAUGACCUGGACCCGACGCCAACCCCGGGCCAGUCAGGACAGCCCAGCCACGUCACCGGUUGGCCAGAAUAUGGCACCACUCCGGCCCACUCCGUCUCCAUGGAGACAGAAGAGAAUUUAAUGAGUCCACUGAUACCCACACAGGCCACCCUGAAUGAUAGGCUCUGGGGUGACACCACGGGUCCCUCCAGCACCGAGCCCAAGUCUGCCAGCCCUCUCCCCCCACCACUCCCCACCUGGAGCCUCCUCCUCCUCCUCCUCCUGCACCUCUUCUGCUACGAUCAGUGAAGGAUGUCGUUGACGCCUGAUACAUCUCCGCAUACACACAGCGGGCUGGGCUCUGUAUUACAAACAAACAAACAAACAAACAAACAAACAAACAAACUUGAAACAAACAUAAACAACUGAAAGGACCUUCUAUAGUGGAUUGGCCACAGGGGCACAGGCAAAGACAGUGUGUUACAUUUUUGUUCCUGUGGACCAGCUGAUCUCACUGAAGAGUUUCUGACAUUGACGCAGUGGCAAACGGGCACUUUAUAUAAACGCCAAUGUAUAGUUAAAUUCAGACGUGAGCAUGGACGAGGAGGCCAUUCGCAUCACGGUGUAUAUAUGUACAGUACAAUGCUGUCACGUAGCCAUGACAAAAAGUUUAAUGUGUGUGAAUAUUUCCUGUUCAGAGUCAUCCGAAUUCAUCACUUGUGUCCACCGCAAAGGAACUGCCUUUAGACGCAUGGAAACGGAAUAGGUUUCUAUUGAGGCCGUGUGUAACUAGCCCAGACAGGUACAAAAAUCAAUGGGAGAUGGUGAGGCCAGCGCUGAUACCCUCUGCCUAAGGCUUCACAUGCAUCACUUAAACUGCUUGGAAAAAGACCCUUGAGGAAAUGGAGAUUUAAUAUCAUUCAGUUCGGCUCCACUGAGGAGGAGGAGGAUGAGCAUGGAGAAGUGGGUUAUUUUGGAUCAAUAGUAAAUGGUGAAGUCAUUGAGUCGGAGGUAAACAAAAUGGCUCUCCAAACUCAUUUCAGAGAGGCGGACACGUGCCAACGUUCCGAUCAUUCCAAGUGCACCUCUGGGGAGCUAUCUUAUGUUCCAGGGACCAGGAUGGGGCUUUGCAUUUGGACCAUUGACUUCACCUUUCAAUAGCUAACGUCUGGUGCGCUCAUUCCCUCCAAGCAGACAUCUCGUAUCCAAAGGACAUUGACCAAGCAGAACCGUUCUUGGUUCUCCUUCAGUCAGCUCUUUCUCAGUCGCCAACUUUGCCAUUUGCCAACUGUGGGAUCGGUGCAAGUGGGCGUGAUGGACGGUGGUUUUGAGACGGCGGCCAGGGCUGUCGGCGAGGCACCGCACCGCGCCGGGGCCUAACAGGGAUGCACUGUUCUUGUUUGUGAUGUGAUGUUGCGUCCACUGAGAGGAUGGCUGUGGGUUCUUCUUUUUGCUCAAUUCAUUUCAAUCACUGCCAAUAAAAGCUGUCGGUUCA